UUCAUUCGUUGCAGCUUGUUGUUUCGACCGAGUUUAUUUUUUGCACAGCCUUCGGAUAUAUAUAUAUAAUAUUACUGUAUCGCUUCGCAGUCUUCAUAGCAUUAGAUAAUUGCAUUUAUCCCGCUGAGUGAAUAUUAUUGUGAGUGUUGGAGCUCGUAAAGUUAAGUCAAAACUUAUUUGUCAGGAAUAGGAAUUGCUGCUGUGUAAAAAAGGCUUCACCAUGGCUCCGUGCAAGGCAAAUAUGUUAUUCGUGUUACUUACUAGUUACAUAGUAAUGUGUAACAAAGGCGCUAAUGCUAAUGAGUUGCUGGUGCAAACAUUGUCCAGAGUAUUAUCGCUUGAUAAAAGGAUUGAUGAUUUGGAAACCGAAUUCAGGAUUUCUCUUACAAACGUAAACUCGCUUGAUAAAAGAAUGAACAAUAUGGAGAUACAUCUAAAAAACUCGCUGACAGACAUACAGACCCAGUUAUCAGAAGGUUUAAAACGUAAUGCAGAGACACAGCAUGAAUAUGAACCCAAACUAGGUGGUGUCACAAAGAGUAUUCAGGCGACAGUUUCCAACACCGUGACGAAAAUGGUGAAGUCCCAAUACAUUGCAGUUAGUACAGCCAUGAAGCGAGAAAAGGUGGCUUUAAUGAGUUUGAAAACUGAAAUUAAAAACCAUAUAAAGGAAAUAGAUGACGAGUUUCAAAAUGCACAAACCAGUUUUGAAGAACGUUUAUCAAAUCAGACCAAAGCACAGAAAUACAAGUUUGAAAGACAGUCAGAUGAUUUAGGAGAUUUCAUCAGUGAUGUGCGGGAUCAGCUAAAAGGUAAUUUUAGUGACGCACAAAAAUCACUUGACAAGGCAAUACAUGCAUUCAAUGUUGACUUAAAGAAUACAACAUUUAAUCUAGAGAAGACCCUCAACAAUAAUUUAGAAACCGUGCAAAGUGAAGUAAACAUUAUAAUCAUAGAUCAGCAAAACAAAAUUGAAUCACUUAACUCAAGAAUGAACUCAACUGAGGGAAGAUUGCAAAGUUACAAGUCGUCCUGUGAUUCGAUUAGGUCGGAUGUCAACACUAUACAGAGCCAAGUAUCCUCAAUCGAAAGAAGUCUUCACGUGGACGGACAAUGGAGUGAAUGGGGUAGGUGGACAACUUGUGUCACCAGGUGUCAGAGCGGAAAACAGUUCCGUGAACGGGUGUGUAACAACCCGUUCCCUCUCGGCAGAGGAAGUUGUUCCGGAGACGGAAUAGAAGUCCGCGCCUUUGCCGACUGUUCAGAAAUAAGGCAGAACCUUGGCAAAGUGCCUUCUGGCGUCUAUCAUAUUACAACAUGGAAAACAAACCGAAAUACGAGUGUCUUCUGUGAUAUGGACACCGAUCAGGGAGGUUGGACCGUGUUUCAACACCGCCUGAAUGGAAAAGUUGAUUUCUACCGCAACUUCUCUUCAUACGAGAAUGGGUUUGGAUCUCUGCAGGAAGAUUUCUGGUUGGGCCUUAAACUGAUUUGUGAGAUGACAUCCCGGACAUCAAAUGAUUUAAGAAUUGACAUCACACGUGGCAAUGGUAGCACCAGUUAUGCCGUAUACGCUGACUUCAGUGUGGGAGCCGGGCCUGAUUAUACCCUACAUGUAGGAAAUACACUGUCAAAAAGUGGACUUGCAGCGAAUUAUUGGCAUUUUCAUACCUACGCAAACCGUUCUGCCUUUUCCACAUUCGACCAUGACAAAGACAUUUCGAGACUCAAUUGUGCAGUUUACCAACACGGAGGAUGGUGGUACAAGAGUUGUCCGUUAUAUACAAACCUGAAUGGCCAUUACUACACACCCGGAACUGUUGGCGUAUACCACAAAGCUAUGGCAUUUGAUGACUUUUAUUCGCUAGAAACUAGCAAAAUGAUGUUUAGACCUUAGACCUUAUCUGAAGCCAUUACUUCAACAACACGUGUUUUGCUAAUUAUGUUUAAGUUUUAGUUUAUAUUCAAUACAAUGAUAUAUAUUCAAAAGCAUAUACUUUUUCUCAUUACAUUUAAGUAUUAAAUUAUAUUGAAUUGAUAAUUAUGUAUACUCGCUAAUCGCAAUUGUAUCAACACACGAACCAAACGAAUGCUUUUUUCAAUCGCCUUCCCCGAAUAAAUAUUUCCGAACAUUAAAUUAUCUGUGUUGAAAUAAACAUAUUAUUAGGUCAAUGAAGUCAAAAAAAAUUCAUCUUUGAAAUUAACUGUUUUAUAUUUAUUAUUGUUUGUGACACUUACAUAAUGUUUGACUGAAUUUGUUGCGUGUAAUAAAAGCCGUGUAUUGGAAGCAGUGUAUUAAAAGAACAGCAUUAACCGAUUAUAUUAAAAGUUUAACAUAAACGGAGUGUAUUGAGUGAUAAUCAAUGGCAGAGUGUAUUGAAAAGUAAGCAUUGACUGAAUAAUUGAAAAGUAAGCAUUGACGGAGUGCAUUAAAAGGUAAGCAUUGACGGAGUGUAUUGAAGAGUAAGCAUUGACGGAGUAUAUCUAAAAGUUAGCAUUGACGGAGAGCAUUGGAAGGAAAGCAUUAACGGAGUGUUUUGAAAGGUAAGCAUUGACGGAGAGUUUUUAAAUGAAAGAAUUGACGGAGAGUUUUGAGAGGUAAGCAUUGACGGAGUGUAUUGGAAGGUAAGCGUUGACGGAGUGCAUUAAAAGGUAAGCAUUGACGGAGUGCAUUGAAAGGUUAGCAUUGACGGAUUGUAUCCAAAGGUUAGCAUUGGCGGAAUGUAUUAAACAAAUAAGCAUUAACGGAGUGUAUCAAGAGUCAAGCAAUGAUGGAGUAUAUUGAAAUUGAAAGCUUUGACGGAGAGUAUUGAAAGGUUAGCAGUGACGGAGUGUAUUGUAAGGUAAGCACUGACGGAGUGUAUUGAAAGGUAAGCACUGACGGAGUAUAUUGAAAGAUCGUAAUUGACGGAGCGUAUUGAAAGUUGAGCAUUGACGGAGUGUAUUGAAAGGUAAUCAGUGACGGAGUGUAUUGAAAUAAAUUGAUUGGCGAAGUGUAUUGAAAGGUGAGCAUUGGUGAAGUGUGUCAGAAGGUAAGCAAUGAUGGAGUGCAUUGAAAUGAAAAGCUAUGACGGAGUACAUUGAAAGGGAAGCUUUCAGGAAGUUUAUUGAAGGUUUAGCGUUGGCGGAUGAUUUUUUUCAAAAACAAAAGCUAAUGAUUAAUAGUUUUAUCAUCGUUAUCUUUAAGUCUUUUAAGAUAAAACGGUACUUAAAUAAUAGCAAAAACAAAUGUCAAAAUCAUUAUGCUUUUAGUAAUCGGAUUUGCAUAAGGAAUACUAGUUACUGUCUAUAUCACUUUCUUCUGCUUAUGUAUGAAUAUUUAUUAUCAUUUUUUGUAAACGAAUUUCUACAACCUACAAGCAAAUGCUAAUUAACUUAGAUAGCAACCUCUUUCAUUUAUGUAGAUAUGAAAGAUAUGUUUUGAAAUAAAAUAUAUAUUUUCUUC